UUGCACUUGUACAGACGCUCAUGCUGCUGUGACGGCUGGAAUAUUUUGAGCGGGUUUGGCUGAUUGUACUUAAUAGUUUAACCACGGUGUUUUUUUAUGUCAGGUAAAAUAACGCCGUCCAAAGAACCAAUAUGGCGGACUCGAAGUUGAAGCUGGAUUUUACUCUGAAAGAACUGGCUCUUUCCUCUCAGGGUGAAGAUGUCGACGUCCCCGGCAGCUCGUCCACCGUGGAGCUGCAGGACACAAAACUGGUGUGUGUGGAGUAUCCUGCGGUGGUCAGCAGUGUGGACAAGAUGAUGGACACUCUCGGGGGUGAACAAGUAGUGUCCAAAACCUUCGGUCUCCCCAACAAGCGUCUUGAGCUGCGUUUCCGACCUCAGGACCCUUUCUGUCACUCUCUGUGUGGAAACCGCUUCCCAUCAAGCAACCUCCUCCUCAGAGUGCGGCGGCGGGUACGGAAAAAUGACCCCAAGGAUGCUGAGAUCCGCAUGGACAUACUCGGCGUCAUAGGAACAACAUACAAAUUCCAAGGGCUGGCAGACUUUCAGUGCCUUGCUGUACAUUCAGAAGGUGGAAGAGACACUUCUUUGUAUGAAAAAAUCAUCCUCCGCAAAUCAGAGAAUCAAGAGUUCUUUGAGCAGCCCGUGCCUUACUUUCUACCCCCGGCCAUCUUCUCACGCCUUGACAGUCCUGCGGAUUAUUUCUACCGGCCUGACAUCUAUCACAAUCAAGUUGUUCGUGAGUUGCCCUUCAACAAGAAGAGUUUUAUUGGUUUGAAUCGCGCUCGUCGGCCCCACAACGCCAUAUUUGUCAGCUUCACUGAUCCCACUGUUCCCGCCGAGUGCCUCGAGGCGGCCAGGCUCAACUGGACACGAGUCUGCCUGAAGGAGUGUGACAAGCAGGCUGAAGAACGUAUGAAAAAGAUGUUUGAGAGCCGGCCCAUCUGGUCACGUAACGCGGUCAAGGCCAACAUCGACAUCCACCCUGGCAAACUGAAACUGCUGCUGCCCGUCUUCGCCUAUUACAUGGUCACAGGACCGUGGAGGAGUCUGUGGGUGAGGCUGGGCUACGACCCCCGAAAGAGCACGGAUUCCAAGAAAUACCAGUUGCUAGACUUCAGGAUCCGCUGUAGCACCAAGCACGGGUAUUCAUUAUCUGACAUGCCAGUAAAAGCCAAGCGGAGUUCCCUUAACUACAGUCUGUCUAUCACAUUCAACAAAGCAGGUCCCCAGCCAGCUAGCGUGAUGGAGCUUCCAUCUCAGGAGGGCCCAAGCACCAGUCGAGAUCCAGUCCCAGUCACAUAUCAGCUGAAGGAGUCAUCUUACAUUUUCAGAGAGGGCAUGCUGCCUCCUCACAGACAGAUGUUUUACCAGCUCUGUGAUUUGGAAGUGGAGAGUAUCAAACAGGUGAUUGAGCAGACCGGCGAUAAUGAGCAGGUAUGUGACGAGCGGGACGGCUGGUGUCGUCUCGGCACCACAGACAAGCUGCGGGACAUGAUCUCAGCCAUGAUUAAGAAGGUCAUCCGAGCCCAGAAACCCACAUUGCCAGAAAGGCCCAAGAGACGCAGACGCCCAGGCCUAGGUUUAAGAUCCCCAGAGAACGAUGUGGAUGAAGAAGAAGAGGUGCAGGAUGAUGAGAACAAGGAUGAUGAAGAGGAAGAUGAGGACGAUGAUUUUCAGCCGUCAGAGGGAAGUGAAAAUGAGAUGGAGACAGAAAUUCUGGAUUACAUGUAACAAAAGACAACCAUUUUCAUGACAUUAAUCUUGACUGUUAAUAUUGUCCACCAUUUCUGUAAAUGAUGAUAUGAACAAUUUUUUGAGUUAAAUGUAAAUAAAAAAUAUUUCUAGUGGUUUA